AUGGAAUUAUGCGUUAUGGAAGCUUCUCAAAUCAUUAUGUACCUGAUUAUUCCCUUGUCUUUCACUACAAACUUGGAGGGUGUUAGACAUCUGAUAACAAGGAUUACAAUCGAGAUGAUCAAUUACCUGCGUACAACCUCCGUGCAGCGUCCGUACAUCGCAAGUAGAGAACUUUUUCCAGCUUUACGGAAUAGAUUUGCUGAGUUCGUUCAAAACUGUAAUGAGCCUGAAAAAAACUAA